AUGGGGUUGGAACACAGAGCAUUGUGGGUUGUCAAGUUCUUAAACUUUGAUUCCAAGGCAGCAGGUGAGAAAAGGCUACUUCAAUUGGAUGAACUGGAUGAAUUCCGUCUUUCUGCAUAUGAAAGUGCAAGCUUAUACAAAGAAAAGACCAAGUUAUGGCAUGACAGGAAGAUCACACCCAGGGAUUUCAAGGUGGGCAACCAAGUUCUGCUUUUCAAUUCCAGGUUGAAGCUAUUUUCAGGAAAGUUAAAGUCCAGAUGGUCUGGACCAUUUGUGGUGAAGGAUAUUAAGUCUUAUGGAGCGGUGGAAAUUAGUCCCUUGGAUUCUGACCGAAGCUUUACUGUCAAUGGUCAGAGGCUGAAGUUAUACAUUGGUAGUGCUGUAGACAGACAACUUCUUACAGUUGCCUUGAUAGAGGACCAUGUCUUCACCACCCAAGAAGAACAACAAAAAGAGGGCCUGAAUGAUUAA